CAACAAAAUAGAGAGAGUACAGAGGAGAUUUACUAGAAUGUUGCCUGGGUUUCAGCAACUAAGUUACAGAGAAAGGUUGAACAAGUUAGGGCUUUAUUCUUUGGAGAGCAGAAUGUUAAGGGGGGACUUGAUAGAGGUUUUUAAAAUGAUGAGAGGGAUAGACAGAGUUGACGUGGAUAAGCUUUUCCCACUGAGAGUAGGGAAGAUUCAAACAAGGGGACAUGACUUGAAAAUUAAGGGACAGAAGUUUAGGGGUAACAUGAGGGGCAACUUCUUUACUCAGAGAGUGGUGGCUGUGUGGAAUGAGCUUCCAGUGAAGGUGGUGGAGGCAGGUUCGUUUUUAUCAUUUAAAAAUAAAUUGGAUGGUUAUAUGGACGGGAAAGGAAUGGAGGGUUAUGGUCUGAGUGCAGGUAUAUGGGACUAGGGGAGAUUACGUGUUCGGCACGGACUAGAAGGGUCGGGAUGGCCUGUUUCCGUGCUGUCAUUGUUAUAUGGUUAUAUGGUUAUGUCAAACAAAAUGGAAAAAAUCUAAAAUCAAUUGAAAUUUACUUUUAAAAAUUAAAGCUUUGAAGACUUAAAAGUGAAAAGUCAUGAAUUAUUGCUACUACAGUUUAAAAGCCAUGCUCACUGAGAUGCAGUAAACAUUUUUAAUCUAUGGAUCAUAUUUAGCACCCACUUAAUAUGUGAUUCUUUGGACUUGAACAUCAUUAAUGUGUGGCAGCUGAUCAUAUACUUUUGCUCUUUCAGACAGACACUUCAGGAAAUGAAAACUCAAAAACAAAAAAUGAUUCCUUACUGGAAAAUCUGAUGAAAAUAAAGGUAGAUGCUUAUUUAAUUAUUUUUGCACAAAUGAGCUAUGAAUCUCAUAUAUCUAAGGAAGUAUUUGAAAAUUAAUACUUAUUUGGCAUUAUAAACUAAACUAUUCGUUAAAAUAGUGAUUCACUUCAUGAUUAAAAAUCCAAAAGUAGUUACAUUUUUUUUUUUAAUGGUGGUCACAGUGGCACAGCGGUAGAGUUGCUGCCUUACAGCGAAUGCAGCGCCGGAGACCCGGGUUUGAUCCUGACUACGUGUUCUGUCUUUCCGUGACCUGUGUGGGUUUUCGCCGAGAUUUUCGGUUUCCUCACACACUCCAAAGAUGUACAGGUUUGUAUCUUAAUUGGCUUGGUAAAUGUAAAAAUUGUUCCUAGUGGGUGUAGGAUAGUGUUAUUGUGCGGGGAUUGUUGGUCAGCGUGGACUCGGUGGGCCGAAGGGCCUGUUUCUGCGCUGUAUCUCUAAAUUAAACUAAACUAAAAGAGCAUGGUUGGUUAUCACAAAUGUGCAUUUGUAUGGAACCACAUUCCUCUACUCCUGUAUCACCUACGAUACCUGGGAUAAAUGUAUGUAGUUUUACCAUUACUGACACAAGACCAAAUGUAACUUCUUUUCCUCUUUUGAAAAAAGAUGUGAUAUUUGAAAUCCCACAUUUGCUAGGUAAUUCACCCAUAUGCAAGGAAGAUUGAAGGAUUGAUCAGAGGAUCGUGUUUUUCCAUUCUAGUUUCCUAUAUUAGAUUAAUGACGGAGACAUGAUAUGGAUUGAUGACUUGUUCAUGUUAAGUGAUAAUGAUUUAUGUAUUAUCUCUUGGCCACUAAUAUUAUCCAAGUCACCAUCUCAAGUGCGUUAUUCUUCAACCGAAACAUUAAUUUCAUUCUGCUCCUUUGGAAAGACUAUUCAUUAAGUACUUUAGCUAUCUACGUUCUUUAUCUUCACAGAACGAUUUUCCUUUUUGUCUUUACACUGCAUACUUGUUGUUUUAAUUAUAGUUUUUAGUUUAGUUUAUUUUAGUUUAAUUUAAUUCAGUUUAGAGAUGCAGCAAGAAAACAGGAUCUUGGUCCCACUAUAUACACACUGACCAUCCGACUUGUUCUGGUCUACUCACAAUGUGGCUUCCUCCCCAUCAGAGAAACCAAGUGUAGAUUAGAAGACCAUUUCACACCACAUGUGCUUUCUGUGUGCAACAGCCACCUCGCAUUUCUACUUGCAUGUCAUUUCAACUAUCCUUUGCAAUCCCACACUCACCUGUCUGACCUUGGCCUUUUCUCACACUCCCUUGUCCACCUAGUUGUUUUUCUCCCAUUUUUUCUCCCAUUGUUUGUCUUUUGUUUCCCAUUCCCCUCGCCCACUUAGUUCCAUAUGCACAUCAUCCCCUUCCCAUAGCGUUCCACCUACCACCUUACAACCUCUGGUCCACCCCUCUCUAGCACUGUUAUAUACUGACAAUUUUUCCCCUUCUCUUCCCUCUCUGUCCUGAUGGAGGAUCUUGACCCAAAAUGUCGACAAACUUAUUUUCCUCCACAGAUGCUGCUUAGAACCAACCAUUCAUCAUUUGAAGCUGAAUUCAUUUUUGUAAGCAAUAGAAACAAUAAGGCAUGUUUUUAUUUUGCAGAGCAUCAACAGCUCUUUACAGAUCUUGGUCUAUAGAUUAGACUUUUCACAAUGCACUGUCUCAAACAGCAGAGAGCAUGUUAGAUCUGCACUGACUGAAAUUGUGAGAGGUACGUGACAAAUCAUCGAAUUCUGAACACCAUUCAGACCUUAUCCAUGACCACAUAAACCGCCCCCAACUUAACAAUGCCAAUUCAUCCUACUGAACAAUCGCACACUGCUCUAAUUGGACACAUAUUAUGUUAUGGUAAUUCAACUUAUCUCAAGAGUCAAGAAUGUUUAAUUGUCAUAUGUACCAACAACAGAACAAUAAAAUUCUUACUUGCAGCAGCUUAACAUGCCUGUGAACUCAACAACACAGAUAACAAUCAAAAUUCAAUAAAUCAAUAACCAUAACAUACAUGCAAAAAAGCAAAGUCCAUAUAGUGCAAACAAGGACAUGGUCCUGUUCUAUUGUUAAAUUAUACAGUUGUGUAAUGUUCAAGACCCUCAUGGGUGCUGGGAAGAAGCUACGCUUGAACCUGGGGGUCAUGGUUCUCGGGCUCCUCUCCCUACUUCCUAGUGGUGGUAACGAAAUGAGAGGGUGGCCAGGGUGGUGUAUGUCUUUGAUGAUUAAAGAAAUGUUAUGCUUUCUGGUAAGUUUCACCCUGUACCCCUGGAUCCAGGCAGUUUUCCACCAAUACAAUACAAUACAAGCACAAUAGAUAUCAAUGUUAAUAAAAAAUAUUAUUUUUAUCUUAGUAUGUUACCGUAUGUUCAGAGUUUAGAAUAAUUUUGCUCUGUUGAUUUUUCUUAUUGGCAGCUGUGACCAUGAAUGAGGUUCCAAUUGUUGGCUGUGAUGCCAAUUACUUUUUGGACAGUUUACCAUUGUAUUAUCAAACAGGCACCUCAGAUAAAGAAAGUACCUCUUCACCAAUGGAAGAUGGGGUUAAACUUCAGCAUGUUGAACAACCGAAUGAAGUCAAACUUCCCACAGCAUCUGGUCUUACAUCCUAUCAAACUGUAUUGCAGAAGUUUUCAAACCAAUUUGCAGCAGAGAGGGAUUCCUUUUUGUACGGCACGUUCCCCAGUGGCUUUCUUUGGAGCACAGCUACAGCCUCAUUUAAAAUCGAAGGAGGUUGGGCUGAACAGGGGAAAGGAGAAAGUAUUUGGGACAAGUUUGCUCACGAGGGAAAGAUAGAAAGAAACCAAACUGCAGAUGUUGCCUGCGACAGUUUCAAUAAAAUUGAUUAUGAUGUUUAUUUGAUGAGAGGUUUACGAGUUAACACUUACAAGUUUUCCCUGUCAUGGCCGAGAAUUUUUCCAACCGGCUAUCGUGCCAAACUGAACCAAGAUGGAGUGGACUAUUACAAUAAAUUAAUUGAUAGUCUUCUGGAGUCCAAUAUUCAACCGAUGGUGACACUAUAUCACUGGGAUCUUCCUCAGUCUUUGCAAGAUAUUGGUGGUUGGCAGAAUGAAAGUGUAAUAGAUAUUUUUGCUGACUAUGCAGAUUUUUGUUUCGCCACCUUUGGAGACCGUGUGAAAUACUGGAUCACAUUUAAUGAGCCCUGGGUUGUUAGUUAUGCUGGAUAUGGCACAGGGCAGCAUGCACCUGGAAUCAGUGAUCUAAAUACUGCAGUCUACAAGGUUGGCCACGGCAUAAUCAAAGCCCAUGCCAAAGCUUGGCACAUGUAUGACAAAAACUACCGUUCUCGACAACAUGGUCAAUUAGGAAUAGCAUUAAAUUCAGACUGGGUCGAGCCUUCCACUCAAAAUCCAACAGAAGUUUCAACAGCUGAUCGUUACCUGCAAUUUAUGCUGGGCUGGUUUGCUCAUCCCAUCUUCGUUAAUGGUGAUUAUCCGGCAGCCUUAAAAAAACAGAUAGAAAAAUAUAAUCAGGAAUGCUCAUCACUUCCUGUCCAACUGCCAUCGUUUACGGAAAAGGAGAAAAAUUACAUUAAUGGAACUUCAGAUUUCUUUGGCCUCAGUCACUAUACCUCUCGACUGAUCAAUUCUACCACAAAUAACACAUGUGCUUCAAACUACAAUCGUAUUGGGGAUUUUUCCCCGCAUGUACACCCAUCAUGGCCACCGACUGCAUCUCCAUGGAUAUAUAUCGUUCCAUGGGGACUGCGACGGCUGUUAAAUUUUGUUAGACAUGAAUAUAUAGGUACAAAUAUUCCAAUUUAUAUAACAGGACAUGGAGUACCAACUGAUGGCAAUGAUUUUAUAAAUGAUACCUUAAGAACAGAGACAUCUGCUGCCUACAUUAAUGAGGCAUUGAAGGCUUUCAUUUUGGAUGGGAUUGAUGUAAGAGCAUUUACACAAUGGUCACUAAUGGACAACUUUGAAGGUCCACAAGGAUACAGCCAUAGAUUUGGACUUCAUUAUGUGAAUUUUGAAGAUUCCAACCGACCUAGAACUCCAAAGGAAUCUGCAUAUUUUUACACACAGAUCAUUGAGAAUAAUGGCUUUGUUAACAGUUCCUCGAACAAUUCAGUUCAGAGCCUCACUCUCAACAAGAUUAAAAGGCUGACAGAUUUACCAGCAUCAGAAGUGCCAUCAAAGGCUAAAGUUGUCUGGGAAAAGUUUUCAAAUCAGGAUGAAAUGGAAAGGGACAACUUUUUACAUGACACCUUCUCAGAAGAAUUUGGAUGGGGUGUCUCCACUUCAGCGUACCAAAUUGAAGGAGGGUGGAAUGCUGAUGGAAAAGGACCUAGUAUAUGGGACAAUUUCACCCAUAAUCUUAACAUCCAGAAUGGUGAUAUUACAUGUGACAGUUACAAUAAAAUUGAUGAAGAUCUUUAUAUGCUUCGAGCAUUGAGGGUUAAAAACUACCAUUUUUCUGUUUCAUGGUCUCGAAUUUUCCCCAAUGGGAGACAGGAGUCAUUGAAUCCUUUGGGGGUUGAUUAUUACAAUAAACUGAUCAACAAUCUUCUUGCAAGCAACAUAACACCAAUGGUAACACUUUACCACUGGGAUAUCCCUCAAGCACUUCAAGAUAUUGGAGGCUGGGAGAAUGAAGAACUGAUUGACUUAUUUAAUGCAUUUGCUGAUUACUGUUUCAUAACAUUUGGAGAUAGAGUUAAGUUCUGGAUAACAUUUAGUGAGCCCUCUGUGUUUAGCUGGAAAGGAUAUGGUACAGGUGCCUUUCCCCCUUCUUUAAAAAAGCCCGGUGAUCUUCCAUACAGAGUGGCACACGUGUUGUUGAAGGCUCACGCCAAGGUUUUUCACACCUAUGAUGAUAAAUAUAGGAGCACGCAAAAGGGCUUAAUUUCUAUUAGCCUUAAUGCAGAUUGGGUGGAACCAAAGGUAACUAAUGACCUCAGAGACGUGGCUGCAGCUGAUCGCUACUUGCAGUUUACGCUGGGCUGGUUCGCGCAUCCGAUUUUUAAAAAUGGUGAUUAUCCUGAGGCGAUGAAAUGGGCGGUUGGAAACAAGAGUGAAUUGCAACACCUACCAACAUCACGCCUUCCUCAAUUUACAGAGAAGGAAAAAACUUAUAUCCGUGGUUCUGCAGAUGUUUUGUGCAUCAAUACGUACACCACAAAGAUUGUUAGUCAUCAGAUCAACAAACUUAAAACCUUUUCUUAUGAACACGACAGGGACACAGACGAACAAUUUGACCAGAGUUGGCCAACUACAUCUGACAAGAAUUUUAGGGCUGUAGCCUGGGGCCUGAGGAGACUACUGAACUGGAUCAAAGAAGAAUAUAAUAAUCCUCCCAUUUAUGUAACGGAAAAUGGAGUAGCUACUAAAUCAUCUUCGAGUGUGGACGAUACAGAUAGGAUAUUCUACUACAAGACAUACAUCAACGAAGCACUGAAAGCUUACAAGUUGGACCAUGUUAAUCUUAAAGGCUAUGCUGCCAGAUCCCUCAUGGACAGCUUUGAAUGGGUCAAUGAAUACAGUUUACAAUUUGGACUACAUCAUGUAAACUUCAAAGAUCCUAACAGGCAAAGAACUCCCAAGCGAUCAGCGCACUAUUAUGCAGAAAUAAUUAAUGACAAUGGUUUCCCAAGACAGAAAGAUGAUGAAUUUCUUCAUGGUGAAUUUCCAAAGAACUUUGCUUGGAGUGCUGCCACUGCUGCCUAUCAGAUUGAAGGAGCUUGGAGAGCUGAUGGCAAAGGACUUAGCAUAUGGGACACAUUUUCUCAUACUCCAUUGAAAGUUGGUAACAGCGAUACAGGAGAUAUAGCAUGUGACAGCUAUCACAAGAUUGAAGAGGAUGUGGCUAUUCUCAAAGAACUGAAAGUCAACCAUUACCGUUUCUCCCUAUCAUGGCCUCGCAUUCUCCCUGAUGGAACCACACGUUUUGUUAAUGAGGUUGGAUUGAACUACUAUAUAAAGUUUAUUGAUGCUCUCCUUAAAGCUAACAUCAAGCCCCAGGUUACACUUUAUCACUGGGAUUUGCCUCAAGCACUCCAAGAUGUUGGUGGCUGGGAGAAUAGCAGCACAAUUGACCGCUUUGUAGAGUAUGCUCAUUUCUGUUUUCAGAAAUUAGGUGACAAGGUGAAGUUCUGGAUAACCCUAAAUGAGCCUUACAAUACAGCACUUCUUGGUUAUGGCUAUGGUACCGCUGCACCAGGAAUUGGUACAAGAUUGGGCACGGCUCCUUAUGUUGUUGCUCACAAUCUAAUCAAAGCCCACGCUGAAGUUUGGCAUUUGUACAAUGAAACAUACAGGUCACAACAGCAUGGUCUGAUCUCCAUAACAAUAAACUCUGACUGGGUUGAACCACGGAAUCCAUACAAACAAGAAGAUGUUGAUGCAGCAAAUAGACAUUUAAUGUUUUAUGGUGGAUGGUUUGCAUUUCCAAUUUUUAAAAAUGGUGACUACAAUGAGGUAAUGAAAACACGUGUGAGAAAGAUGAGCUUGGCUCAAGGACUGACCAAGUCUCGGCUCCCUGAAUUCACAGAAUCUGAAAAAAAGAAAAUUAAAGGGACCUAUGAUUUUAUGGGAUUUAACCACUACACCACUGUGUUGGCUUUCAAUGUCAAUUUUGGAAAUUUUAUCCCGAUGUAUGAUGCUGACAGAGGAACUGGGACAACCGUAGAUCGCACCUGGCUUAGAUCCGGGUCUUUCUGGCUGAAAGUAACUCCAUGGGGUUAUAGGAAAAUUCUUAACUGGAUCAAAAAAGAGUUCAACAAUCCUCCGAUUUAUCUAACAGAAAAUGGCAUUUCAGAGCAUGGAGAUAAAGGGCUCAAUGAUGUCUGGAGAAUCAAUUAUCAUCGGAGUUACAUAAAUGAAGUUUUAAAAGCUAUUAAACUUGAUGGAGUCGAUGUACGGGGCUACACAGCAUGGUCACUGAUGGACAACUUUGAAUGGGCUGUAGGUUACGCUGACAGAUUUGGAUUAUUCUAUGUAAAUUACACAGACCCUUCUUUGCCUCGCAUUCCGAAAGCAUCAACCAAAUUUUAUUCUACAAUUAUACAUUGUAAUGGCUUUCCUGAUCCGGCUUUAGGGCCACACAAAUGUCUGCAAUCAGAGGCUACCACCACAGAACCAUCAACAGUGAAAACCACUCCGACUGGCUUGACAUCUGGUGCACAGGUUUAUUUCCUAGGAUUAGAAAUUUCUAGUCUGGAUGCAACAAGUGCUCUGUAUACUUUGUUCAUUAUUUCAAUAAUUGCUGUUGUGUUAUUGGCUAUCUUUGCAUAUAAAAUUUGGAAAAAUGGAAGAUCAAGGAAAUAUCUGGAUUCAGCCUCGGACACGAUGAAUUUGUCAGGAAAUCAAAACACUAGGAUUUGAAGCAAUCAUUAACAAAGAAUUUCCAUGGUGUCACCCAACUCACACCAUCAUUUCAGUGUAAAAAUAUUGUGUAUGCUUUGCUCUUAUUUGUUACUAAUCAUAGUUGCACGGUAAAAUGUCAUAUUUUAGUAAUUGAAAGCUCAGGAGGAAUGAUUGUUUAAGCUUCUUCUGCAGGGUUUCACUAAAAAGCCCUAUUGAGAUAGUGGGAGAAUCCACACUGACAUUCAGGAGGAAUGUGUUUGGUCUUCACUGAAUUUUCAUUGAUAUCGUUAUUAGUUUAAGAUGUUUUUAUUAGGAGCAGCAUAGCAGAUAAUUUAGGAUUGUCACCCUUCCAGCUAUAUCCUGUCAUCGCCAGUAAUUAAUGCUGUGAACACCUGGCAGAAACCUGUUUCCUUUCAUUUUCUUUGAACAAUUUCUUUUGAAUAAUUAUAAAAAUGUAGCAUGCGGAAAAAUUACGCAGUAACAGGCCAUCCAACUAGCUUGUGGGCUGAGAUGUCGAGAAAUGUAUCCAAUUGGAACUAACAACCGGAACUUCAUUUAAUCCACAGGACCAGAUCUGUUUUUAUUAAAAGUUUAUAAUCAACGUCUCAGAUUUUUACUUUGAAUGCAAUGGAAAUGAUUUUCAUCCAUGUAUAAAAUUAUGCUAUUCUAGUUUGUACAAAUUUCAAAUUUACAAUGUGACACAGCGCCAGAGACCCUCAUUUGAUCCUGACUUUGGUGCUGUCUGUGUGAAUUUUACAUUCUCUACAUGACCGUGUGGAUUUCCUCUGGGUACCCCCACUUUGGCCCAAGUGUGUAGGGAGUAGAUGAGAAACUAGGAUACCAUUGAACAAGUAUGAACUGGUGAUUGUUAAUCGUUAUGAACUAAGUGGGUCCAAAGAGCUUGUUUCCAUGCUGUAUCUCUAAACUAAACUACAAUUUGUCUGAAUCUCCCCAUCUAAUAGUGUGUGAUUUUUCCUACUAAAUCAUACUUGAACCAUGAAGCAUACCAGGUGCAAACCCAUGAACUGCAUAGAUGACUGCAAGUAGAUAAGGAUAUUUUUGUGAAGUUCAAUUAGUGACAACUGGGAGAAUGUCAGAGAGAAAUGAUUUGAAAACUCUUAGAGAACAAGAGUAUAUCUCAGCUCAUACAAACCUUUGCUAAGUCCAAAAAAGUAUAGGAUUAAUAAAUGAACAAGUAAAAGUUAAAUGGACCUAUGGAUGUAUUCAUCUGUUUUGAAGCAAAAUCAACACAAUCAAACACUUGACUUUUUCUCAGAAUAGUGUAAAAGUUUAGAAUAGAUGUAUGCAAUGUGUCAUUAUAUGCAACAGUCUGUCAUUGAGCAAAGCAGCACCACUGCAAGAUGUGUGAGAAGGAACUGCAGAUGCUGGUUUAAACUGAAGAUACACAAAAAGCUGAGGUAACUUAGGCAGCAUAUCUGGAGAUUUCAGGUUGAGACCCUUCUUCAGACUGCAAGAUUG